GUCAGAACUCCCUACCUGUACCUAGGGAAGCAGGAGGAGAAAAGGCGACGAAGCGACGAGGAAGUCAUGACCACCUCCCAUAGGCGGUCACAGGAGCCUAUCGCUGUCCACGAAGAUCCUUAUGAUGAUGAUGAUGAUGACUCUGGACAAGACCACGGGCACCUCCACCACCAAGACCAAGACCAAGACCAAGACCACCACCAGGAAGCGGAAACCUACGACAACGAGGCCACCGAGGACGCCACAGACAACAUGGAGGAGAGCAGAGGUCCAUUAGAAGAGAGCGGCGCUACUAUCAGUGACGACGACGAGGAGGAACAACAGCCCGUGGAAGAUGUGGUUCAAGAUGACAUUGAGAGAUUCGAGGCCAGCUUUAAGAACAUCACCAAGCGCUACCGUCUCAUCAACCGCAUUGGCGAAGGCACCUUCUCCACAGUAUACAAGGCCGAGGACUUACUAUACGAUGAAUAUCGGAACGACUGGGACCACGACGCCGACAAGGAGAAUCGGCAGGGACAUACAGUGGCGAAAUCAACCUCUGUUCCUCGACAAAAGCCGCGAUAUGUUGCUAUCAAGAAGAUCUACGUGACCUCAUCCCCACAGCGCAUCCUGAACGAGCUGGAACUGUUGCACGACCUGAGAGACUCGGAAAAUGUCUGCCCUCUGAUCACUGCCUUUCGAGACACAGAUCAGGUCAUUGCUGUCCUCCCGUACUUUCAACACAAGGAUUUUCGGGACUACUAUCGGGACAUGAGCUUUGCUGACAUGCGAAUCUACUUCCACAGCCUCUUCACCGCCCUCAAGUCAGUGCAUGAGUGCGCCAUCAUUCAUCGGGAUAUCAAGCCGACGAACUUUCUGUACUCACCAACACUGCAGCGCGGUGUGCUUGUGGACUUUGGGCUAGCAGAACGGGAGGGAACGGACCAUCUCCCAUGCGCGUGCGAGUGGGACGCUGUCAAGCACCAGCACAAAGUCGAGCAUUCCGUGUAUGCUACCUCACGCGCACAAGCACGAGCUGCCGGGCAACCGGCAGCGAAGCUUUCAUACCCCAAAGACGACAACCGUCACUCGAGACGAGCAAACCGAGCAGGAACGCGUGGUUUUCGUGCUCCGGAGGUCCUCCUCAAAUGCACUGCGCAGACUUGCGUGAUCGAUGUGUGGAGUGCGGGCAUUGUGCUCCUCACUUUUCUGACCAAGCGCUUUCCCUUCUUCCACUCAGCAGACGACAUAGACGCAUUCAUCGAGCUGUGCUCCAUCUUCGGCCGAAAGAAGAUGAAGGAGAACGCGCUAUUGCACGGCCAAAUCCUGCAUACCAACAUCCCCACAAUCAGUGAGAAUGGCCAUAGCUGGGAGAAAAUCAUUAUGUGGUGCACCGGACGACGCAAAAAGGAGACUGCUGCACAGCUGACAGAUGAUGAGCAUGAUGCCAUUGAUUUCAUGGUGGGUUGUCUGGAGCUGGAUCCUGCUAAGCGUAUGACAGCUGCAGAGGCACUUGAGCAUCCUUGGCUGAGGCUGGAGUCAGAUGACAUGGAUACCAAUGGCAGUGAUGACUUAGCCGUAGAGGCCUAGACCUAUAUGCACGUGAGAGCGUGAUAGAAGUUUCUGGCAAAGGCUUGACAGCGCAUAACAGAGGGAGUUUUGGCGGCGAGAGCAUUGUUAGGCGAACGGAAGAUACCCCAUCAUGUGUAUGCGUACAUAAUGUAAGAUCAUGAGGAGGAUGUGCUAGAAACGAUACGAUAUCAAUAACUUCCUGGAGGCUCAACCACACUGGCCUCGAUGGACGCGUUUUGUGCAGACUACAUGUAGUCACGCUGAAGAACACGUCGAUUCACGACACCAUAGUUGCGGCGCACAAACAGGUCAAGGUGGGAGUCGUGCCUACAAUAACAUCAGUCGCAAAUGAUACCGCGUUUACUUACCAAAAAAGAACGCAUGUCAUCUGAUUUUCUCUCCUGGCUACUGCAACUGGUAUCAUCGCAAUCCGCGAACCUAUACAAUGAGCACUGUAGGUCUGUAGGUCAGACUAUGCAUCCCAGCGCGCGAAUCGAAGCGCGCUUGUCCCCCACACCUUAGUUCUAUGGGGGAACAUGUACACACCACCCAGACAUCCCCCCAAAAACGCCUCGCUAAUUUCGCAGUGUCCCGAUUCAUACAGAUCGUCGACGUCUCAUCCGAGCAGCUUCAGACCAGUUGCAGUCUUUGCUGGCUUCUUCUCAAUCCCACCCCCAGUAUGGGCCUUGAGUGGGUCGUACUCAUUCUUCUUUUUCUUCUCGUCCUUCUUCUUGUCAUUGUUGCGGUUAUUUUUGCCCUUGUGCUUGUCCUUUCUAACUGCAGGCCGCACGUCUGUCUUGCUGCGCUGAAUGGUGACGGGGUGACUGCCAAUGUACUUGCCCACCAUCUCUCGAGCCGCCUUGAAGCCCAACUCACCUUCUUGAAACUCCACGAAGCCAAACCCUUUCGACUUGGUUGUUCUCUUGUCGCGCACCACUCGGGCUUUGGAGACUCCGUAGUUGGCAAAUGCUUUCGCGAGUGAGUCAUCGGUGACUUCACCAGCCAGAUUGCCAACCAUGAUGCGGAACUUUGUUGGAUCCCACUCCAGCAGGGACCUAUCCUCCCAUUGCUCGCCGCCGCCUUUCCGUAUGACAGUGAACUUUCCGUCAUCUUUUUCUUCCGCCUCUGCCACGGUUGGUGCAGCGCCUGACCCUCGCUGACCCAGGGGCGCCAGGUUAGCAUUGCCGACAGGCUCGUCUUUGCCCAUCUUCUUUCCUCGAAAUUGCUGUUCAGCUGGCGCAUACUGGGCGUGCCACUGUGCUAUUUGCGCAUCGUGAUCCGGGUCGAAGUUGGAGUUGUGCGCAGCGUAUGUGGAUGCAGCUGGGGGUGGAGGCAUGAAAGGAUUUCGGAUCUGAGGUGGCGUCUCGAAUUGCUGUGCUUGCUGAGUGUACUGGCCGCCAUAUCCAGGUGGAGCGGCAUACUGACCAGCAUAGCCUGGUGGAGCGGCGUACUGUGCAUUCUGCGCAUUGUAGCCCUGGUUGGCGUAUGGAUUGUACGCCAUGGCGUGAGCUCCCUGAUGUACGUUCGCGGAGAUUUGGCCGUAUGGAAGGUUGUAGCUGGUGUCGACUUGGAUCGGAGGGACGCUUGGUUCGACGGGCGUUUGCGGGAAUGUGCGCAGCUGAUUGUGC